AAAUUGUAAAAGAAGCCAGGAACUAGUGUGUUGCUUUUAGCACGGAACUAGUCUUUGCUUUUACAUACGUUCACACGUAUCUUUGAUCCUUAAAUAAAGAGAAGCACAUCUUUGUUUCCCAUGACCAUCUCUUGUUCAUGACUACUAUAAUCUUGUUGCUUCUCUCUUUGACAUUAUUUGCUCCAUUCUCAUCUUCAACUUUUAGCAAAGGUUCAUCUCUCGUCAGUGAGAAACCAACAUAUGUUUUAACUUCACCAGAUAACGUUUUCUCUGCAGGCUUUUACUCCGUUGGUGAAAAUGCUUUUUGCUUUGCCAUAUGGUUUAGCAACUCAAGCACUAUAGUUUGGGUGGCAAACCGUGACCAGCCAGUUAAUGGAAAGCGCUCAAAGCUCUCACUCCUCAAAAAUGGCAAUCUGAUCUUAACUGAUGCGGGUAAGUUCACUGUUUGGGCCACAAAUACUUUUUCACUCUCCUUAGUAGUACAAUUAUCUCUCUAUAAUGCCGGUAAUCUUGUUCUACAAAAUACAGAAAGUGUUAUUUUGUGGCAAAGCUUUGACUUCCCUACAAAUACACUUCUUCCUCAACAAUUACUCAGUAGAAACACAAAACUUGUCUCCUCCAGAAGCCAGACAAACCAUUCCUCUGGUUUCUAUGAGCUUUUCUUCUACAAUAAUAACGUUCUCAGCCUUCUUUUUAAUGGUCCUGAGGUUUCUAGUAUUUACUGGCCUGAACCGUGGCUUGUAAGCUGGGAGGCUAAAAGGUCCACGUAUAACAAUAGUAGAAUUGCAGUGCUGAAUUCCUUAGGAAACUUUAGUUCAUCCGAUGAUUUUACUUUUUUGUCAAAUGACUAUGGAGCAGUGCUUCAUAGAAGAUUGACACUUGAUUAUGAUGGUAAUAUUCGAUUGUAUAGUUGGGAAAAGGAGAGGCAAACUUGGGUUGUUUCAUGGCAAGCCAAUCAGAAACCUUGCAGGAUUAAUGGGGUUUGUGGGGCCAACAGUCUGUGCAAAUAUGUUGUUGGUUCUGGGAGGAAAUGCUCUUGCCCUCCAGGAUACAAGAUGAAAGAUAGUGUUGACUGGUCGUAUGGGUGUGAACCCAAAUUUGAUCUCUCUCAUCGCAACAAAAACGAGUCUGUCUUUCUCCUGCUAUCCAAUGUUGAAUUCUACGGGUAUGAUGUUGGUUACUACUCCAAUUACAGCUUUGAUGACUGUACAAAUUCAUGCUUGCAAUUACACAAUUGCAAUGCAGUCCAGUACGCCUUUGAAACAGGUGAUUGUUUCUGUAAGUCACUAUUGCUGAAUGGAUAUCAUUCCCCAGAUUCAGGAAAAAAUACCUAUUUGAGACUCCCAAAAAGCUUUGAGUCCAACAAAAAUCUUGUAAAAGAAUUUAGUUUAGAUUGCUCAAGGGAGGGUACAAUACAAUUGGACAGAACAUACGUUAAAAAUCGUGAAAAGGGGAUUGUGAAAUUCCUGCUUUGGUUUGCAUGUGGAGUGGGAGGACUUGAACUCACUUGUAUCUUUGUGGUGUGGUGUCUUUUGAUCAAAACGAGGAAAAGCUCAGAUGCAGACAACCAAGGGUAUGGUCUUGCUGCCACUAGAUUCAGAAAAUUUACCUAUGCUGAGCUAAAAAAGGCCACAAAUGGUUUUACUGAAGAGAUCGGAAUAGGUGCAUGGGGAGUUGUAUACAAAGGGGUAUUGUCUGACAGUAGAGUUGCAGCAAUCAAGCGUCUCAAUGAAGCCAACCAAGGAGAAGACGAAUUCCUAGCAGAAGUAAGCAUCAUUGGGAGGCUUAACCACAUGAACUUGAUAGACAUGUGGGGUUAUUGUGCUGAAGGGAAGCACAGGCUUUUGGUGUACGAGUAUAUGAUGCAUGGGUCUUUGGCAGAAAAUCUCUCUUCUAAUGCACUUGAUUGGAAGCAAAGGUUUGAAAUUGCUCUUGGUACUGCAAAAGGUUUAGCUUAUUUGCAUGAAGAGUGCUUGGAGUGGGUUUUACAUUGUGACAUAAAGCCUCAGAAUAUACUUCUAGACUCGAAUUAUGAACCAAAAGUGGCAGAUUUUGGUCUAUCUAAAUUGCAAAACAGAGGUGUUCUUAACAAUCCAAGCUUCUCAAGGAUGAGAGGAACUCGCGGUUACAUGGCUCCAGAGUGGGUCUUCAAUCUGCCUAUCACCUCCAAAGUGGAUGUUUAUAGCUAUGGAAUUGUUGUGCUGGAGAUGGUGACUGGAAAGAACACAAUAAUGGGUGUCCACACUACAAAUGUUGGAGUUGAAACUAAAAACAAAAGGCUGGCCACUUGGGUUAAGGGGAAAAAGAAUGGAGAAGUUGCAACCACUUCUUGGAUUGAUGAUAUCAUGGACCCCAAAAUGGAAGGCAUAUAUGACAAGGGUAGGAUGGAGAUCUUAGUUGAAAUGGCUUUGCAGUGCUUAGAGGAAGACAAAGAUGAAAGACCCACCAUGAAACAAGUAGUUGAGAAGCUUUCUUCACCUUGAAAAUGAUCUUCUCUAACAUGGCAUGGCGGGUCUCCUCAUGUUCAGCCUUUUUCUGAUUCUCUCGUUAGUUUGUUCUCUUAUUUGGUGCCUACAUAGUAUGUUUUGUGGGGCUGUCUUCUUUAUUUCACCAUGUAGCUUUUGUGGAACCCUAAGUUUUAUGCAACUCUUCUAUGUUGUAAUAGAUAUUUCCUUAAUUGUGUUUGAAUGCCA